AUGCAAAGAACUCUGAGGAUCCAAAAUCAACGGACAAUAAAACGUCUCAACCAAAUCUCAAACAAUGAAAUAGCCCACAACUUGGAUACAGCUCCUAAUGAGACAGAGCCGGAAAGUCAGGAGAAGUCAAUGAGUCAGAAGAAGAAAAUUAGACUGAAAGCGGUGCUGAAAGUGAUGCUGAAAGUGGUACUGAGGUUGCAUUACGACAAACGUCAAAUCUCGCAUCUGACGAAGAUCCCAAUUGAUCAAUUUAACGCAAUAAUUGAGGCAGCCAAUAUGGAUCCGGUUCCAAUGUCCGCUUAUGCCAAUGAGCUUAGUAAUGCCCUCGAUAUAGCGCCAUUAUCAACACGUGCAUUACGCGAAACACUGUAUGAUGUUGGAUAUCGUAAAGACUUCGAUCUCGUCGCCCACGAUGACGCUAAUUUUAUGGAAAUAACGAUACGGUACUUAGAAUUUUAUUCUACUGAUCGAAGCAAAUUUGAUGGAGUUCUCUUCAAGGUUGGAAAGAAAUCGAUUAGCCCAGGUCUUAUCGAAUUUUCAGGAGGGAUCAAUGACAAAACCUCAUCUCGAAAAAAUUCAAAAGACAUUGAAAAGCUGUAUAGUAGUAUGAUCAAAGUUAUGAAGGAUGCUAAAACCAAUCGAAUGUUUUGCAUGAGGUGUUAUGGUCAUUACAUCUACUUCGAAAAGCUCCUUAUAUUUGAUGAUACGAUGUAUAGAAAAAUCGACGCAACCAUGGAGAUACCCAAUACGCCAAGAAAACUAAAAGCAUUCAUCAAAGAAAUUCCAUCGAUCCUUGCGUGAAAAGAGGC